AGCAAUCUGGCCAUAUCUGGCCAAUGGAAGUAUCUGUAUGUUUGGCCAGUGGUCGAACUUGGAAAGUGCAGACUGAUGCAAGUUCCACUGUGCAAUGUCUGAAGCUUGAAAUUCAAGAGCAUUUCUCGCAGGGUUUCCUGCGGCUCACAUCUUCCACAGGGCAUUUGUUGGAACCCGAGAGAAGCCUGGAGGAGGAGGGCGUCAAAGACGGAGAUGUGGUCACUGCAGUGGUUCAAAUUCCACGGAUUGCCGCCAACUCCUCUGCCUUCGCCCUCUGCGCUAGCGGUGUCGUGGUCUGGGGCGACGCCAACUACGGUGGUGCGAUCGACGACGACGCCUGGAGACAGCUGCGGAACGUGCGGCAGAUCCAAGCCACGCAGAAGGCCUUCGCGGCCAUUCUGGCGGACGGCAGGGUUUUGACGUGGGGCCAUGCGUCCUACGGUGGCGACAGCAGUUUUCUGCAAGAGGACUUGGUAGAUGUGAAGCAGAUCCAAGCCUCGGCAG